CUUCGCAGUUGAAAACUGCCUGGUGUUUUUCGUGUUGUGUUCUCAGGAUCACUUUGGCGGGGGGUGUAAAGGUUUUUAGAAAAAUAAAGAGACGAGGAGAGCAGGGUCAAAGCCUGAAAACGGUGAUUACGAGAUAACAAGAAGUAAUGAAGGAGUUGAAGGAGCUGCUGAAGCGAGUCUACACACCCCCUACCGAUCUGACAGGACGGCGAACAGCAUGCAGUUAUUGUAAAACAUAAAGAAAUUGUUUUUUUUUUUCAAUCAGGGCUGCAUUGGAUUUGUUUCCAGACAAGAUCAUCCGCUGUUCUGAAUUUUACACGCCGUGUUUUCCCAACAGAGAGACAGACGGAAUUUCUAUGUUUUGUUGUUGUUGAAUAUCAUCGGACACUUUUUGAAAUUGGAGUCGCUGUUUCAAUAUAUACGCAUAUAUUAAUUUCGUUCUUUGGAACAAACUUUGAAAAACAGUUUUUAAACUUAUGGAGUAUUUUAGCAAAUCGUGUAUAUUUCCCUGCAUUUGCAACUGUCGUCUGUGAUUUUGUAAUACGGAGUCCGUACAAUCACAAUGAAGAGAAUUUUAUAACUGCUGCAUUCGCUGUUUUGUUAUUGUGGAUUUCUGGAUUAAAAUAAAUAAAUAAAUAAAUAAAUAAAUAAUAUAUUUUAAGAUCCUUGAAGUUGUUUAGGAAAGAAAUGGGAAGACCAAUGACAAGCUACUGACAAAAAUAUAUACUUUUUAUUUUUGUUCGUUUAUUAACCGACGACGAAUCAUGCUUUAAGACUCUUCAAACUUUUAAAUUUUAUUUUAUAGACUUCUAGACAAAAAUACUUUUUGUUUUUUUUAUUAUUCUACCGUUACAACAUGGCAGUCCUCAUUGCUGGAAAGUUUCAGAAUUAAAACAAAUUAAAUCAAAUUUAUUUUGCUAUAUUGGGUGGGUUAUAAUUGUCAAAAGUUUCUUUUAUUUUUAAUUACAAAAAAAAAAAAGAAAAAAGAAAAAGCUGGCUUCCAAAAAAUCUAAUCAUUUUUAUGUUCGUUAACAUCACUAAUGUGGAGGGAUUUGGACUCCUGGAUAUUUUAAAUCUUACAACAAAAGAAAAUGUACAUUUAAUAAAUGUAUAUGGACACUGUUUACAAACAAGAAAACAAAAAACAAUUAGACAUCUUGUCUAUUCAUGUUGCAGAGAAUAUGGGACUGAGCAACUUGCAUUGAAAUAGUUAAUAUAUUUUCAUAUAUGCUGUUUCUAUAAGUACAUUUCUAUUUUCAUAAAAUAUUUCGUAUUUAACUAGUUUAACUUUGCGGCCUGCGUCAUGGCAGGAUCUCCGGGUUCAGGUGGCACCAACCCCCGGAAAUUCAGCGAAAAGAUUGCGCUGCACAACCAGAAACAGGCUGAGGAGACUCGGGCCUUCGAGCAGCUUAUGACAGAUAUCACUCUCUCCAGGGUGCAGUUCCAGAAGGUUCAGCAGCUGCAGCUAACACAGACCCGGGCGCAAUACUAUGGCGGCUCUCUGCCAAAUGUCAAUCAGAUCGGCAACACUAGUACAGACUUUCAGGGUUCGUUUACACCGGGACUGGACAGCAUGCGCGGCACUCGGCACCACGGGCUGGUAGAGCGUGUCAGUAGGGAUCGCAGCCGACUCAACUCUCCACACAGGCGACUCGCAGACAAGCUCGGCCGCCAGGUCGAGAGCUCUCCGUAUGGAUCUGUGUAUCUGUCUCCGCCCCCGGAUAACAGCUGGAGAAGGGAGCAGCCACCCUGGAGCGAAGAGAAACGGCCUGGAUUUAGAUUAUUAUCCCAGCUCAACAGGACAAAUUCCGACUCUGCUCUGCACACGAGCGCCUUGAACCCCAAUCCCCAGGACCCCUUUGUGGGUAUGAACCAGCAGAUGUCAAGAGCGCCCCCUCAACGCAACGUCAGCGUUAAUGAAGCUGAGAUUGACGGGAUGGGAGAUGUGUUCUCAUUCCCAGCCUUGCCAAACGAGGAGAGCCUGAUGGGUGUCAGCAAGCCCCUCCCCAAACAGCUGUGGGAGGCAAAGAAGGUGCAGUCUCUGUCCUCACGCCCCAAAUCAUGUGAAGUGCCUGGAAUCAAUAUUUUCCCAUCCCCGGAACAGAAUGCUGGGCUCUCCCAUUUCCAGGGGACGUUGAACACAGGCGGAUCGCUACCAGACCUGACCAACCUGCACUUCCCCUCUCCCCUGCCCACCCCCCUGGACCCUGAAGAUGGAGGGUACCCCAACCUGAGUGGGGGGAGCAGCACCGGCAACCUGCCCGCCGCCAUGAUGCAUCUGGGCAUCGGGAACUCGCAAGGUCUCUCCUCCUCCCUGAGUAACCCGUCCAUCCAGGCUACCCUCAACAACUCUCAGCUGCACUCAUCGCUCAGCAACCCCUCCAUCCACUCGUCUCUGCGACUGUCCUCUCUGUCCAACCCACAGCAGGGGGCCCUUGGCAACACGCCACGCCGGCGCCACACCCCCGUCAGCCCCCUGACCCUGUCCCCCGGAGCCGAGCAGCGCAGAGGCCUCGGCAAGCAGCUCUCCCCUACCAUGUCCCCGUCACUGUCCCCCAUUACACAGUUUGCUUGUUUUCAGGGUGUUUCCUUGGACACCAGCAGUCUGCCAAUGGAGCCACCCCCUCCCUACCACCUCUACCAGCAGUCUUUGCAGCAGCAGCAGCAGCAGCAGCAGCAGCAGCAGUCCCACCAGCCAGUACAGCAGAGCUCCCAGCAUUCCACAGGGCAGCAGCAGCAGCAGCAGCAACAACAACAACAGCAACAACAACAACAACAACAACAACAGCAGCAGCAGCAGCAACAGCAGCAGCAGCAGCCAAUGUCUCCCCUCCACAACCUUCAUAUGGAUCUGAACUCUGCCAAUCACAACUCAUUGGGAGCCUUCUUCUAUGAUCCCUUCAUGGACACCCAGCUCUCGGGCAGACAGUCCAAGUCCCUGUCUUACCAGCAGCUCGACCAGUUCAACAUGUUGGAGAACUCCAUGAGUUCACUGCCGGGGGGAAGCUGCUUUGACCCGGGUUCCAACCUCUGCUACUCCCAGGCGUCGCUGAUGGGGUUUGGUGGAAGCCACGGGAACCUGCAGGAGUCACUGCAGUUGCGGCAGAACAUGUUCUUCUCAAACUGCGGGGGAGGCAUCCCCAACAUCAUUCUAACAGACGAGUCGAACCCGAGCCUGUCCAAGGACAUCAGCAGCGCGCUGGCAGGGGUGCCGGAGUGCUUUGACUCGGAGGGAGGGUUCCUGGGCGACGAGCUCCGAAUCGAGCCCCUCAGCCUGGACGGACUGAACAUGCUGAGUGACCCCGACAUGGUCCUGUCUGACCCCUCUGUGGAGGACAGCUUCCGCAGUGACAGACUCUAGGGAGAUGGAGUAGGGGAAGACAAUGUUUUGUAAUGUGGAUACCACCCCCCACACACACGCAUCGCACACAAGGAAUGGGGGCUUCGGACCAUGAACCGCCACAGCAGACCCGACUAUCAUCCAGACACUUUUUUUAGGUUUCUAUUCUUUUCCUUUCCCAAUAUCUGCAGAGACAGUGUGAUAUCAGUAGCCUGUGUCUGUUCUAAAACACAAACAACCUGCAGUGUGGAAGGGUUAGCCAUCUUCUAUGUCGACAGCAAAGUUUGUGUGGCCCUUGGUCCUGUUCUGGAACACCAGAGCACAGUUUACAGAUGUUAGCCUUUUAAAAUCUUUAAAAUACCCUGCAUCUUACCAUCACUAUAGUAACCAUGUACCCCGGAAACCUGUCUGCCAUGUGCAGGAUUAAAACCUGACCAAACCCUUCCCAGGCAUGCCUGUGCCCAACCUGUACAGUUAAUGUAAAUUAAAAAAUAUAUAUAUAUAUAUAUAUAUAUAU